AUGGCAGUCUUCACCGAAUUGCUUAACAGUCCCUAUGUCGUACAGGGGAUUUGCAUCGCCCUAGUGGCGACGUUAAUAACAAGUGUCUGGACAGAUAUCGUAGACGAGAUUCCUCAUAGACACAUUCCUUUGGUCGGAAAGACCUGGGGGGACCUUACCAACAAAAAGGCUCGGCUACUCUUCACUCAGUCAGCUCGUCAGAUAAUUGCCCAAGGCUUUGCAAAAGGAGUCAAUGUCUUCCAGAUCAUCGGAGCCACAAGCCCAAUUAUUAUACUGCACCCGAAGUUUGUCGACGAAAUCAAGAACAACCCAAAUCUAAGUUUUAAAGACUCGAUCAAAAAAGCAGGUUAUGCAGCUGGAAUCGGGCUCGACCGCAUUCCUGGGUUUGAACCAUUUCAUAAUGGCACUGCUCAAAAAGUGACUGUCGAGGUCGUGCGGACCAGUUUGACCCAGGCGCUCGGAUCUAUUUCAAUUCGCCUCUCAAAGCAGUCUGGUGCGGCCCUAAAGGAAUCCUUGCCUGCCACCGAUGAAUGGAAGCCCUACCACCUCGCCUAUAAGAUUCCUUAUAUGGUAGCCAGCGUCUCCUCUUUGAUAUUUGUGGGAGAGACCAUCUCCCGCGACGCUGAAUGGAUUGAUGUAUCCGUGAAUUAUGCCAUAGACUCAUUCAUGGCCAUGCGCGAUCUACGAGGAUGGCCAUCCAUCCUCCAUCCGGUUGUACACUGGUUCUUGCCCUCUACCCGAAAGCUACGCACCCAUCUAAAAAAGGCUCGCUCUAUCAUCAGCCGCGAGCUAGACAGAAGGGCGUUGAUUCGCGCGGGUAAACUCCCUGCAGAGAACCCACCCCGUGGACCUGAUGCUAUGGACUGGUAUCGCGAGACCGCCGAAGCUCGGAAUAACUUGACCUUUGACCAGUCUGUUGCUCAGGUUGGAUUGGCCAUGGCGGCCAUCCAUACCACGUCGAACCUGCUGACCAAUGUCAUGUAUGACCUCGCAGCGUACCCGGAGUACAUCCAGCCGUUGCGUGAUGAAAUUCGUGCAGUUGCUGCCGAGGAUGGAACUCUGAAGAAGACCAGUCUACUUAAGUUGAAGUUGAUGGACAGUGUGAUGAAGGAAUCACAGCGUACUAACCCACUUUCAUUCACCUCUAUGAACCGCCUCGCCCUUGAGCAAGUUGUGCUCUCUGAUGGGACUGUGAUUCCCAAAGGAGCCAACAUGUUCAUUUCUACAAAAAUACUGGAGGACGAGAGUGUCUACCCUAAUGCUGCCACCUACGAUGGUUACCGGUUUUACAACAAACGUCAGCAGCCCGGCAAUGAACACAAACACCAAUUUGUCACGACAUCAACCGAGCAUUUUGUCUUCGGCCAUGGUAUUCAUGCCUGCCCUGGCCGAUUCUUCGCUGCCAAUGAAACUAAGAUUCUGCUCCUUCAUUUGCUCCUGAAGUAUGAUUGGAAACUGGAGAGCGGCGGUCGACCUCCCAACAUUGAAAAUGGUCUCGAAUCUAUCACAGACCCAAGAGUUCAGCUUCUGUGCCGGUCACGGGAGUCAGAGGUUGACCUAGCUUUUCUAGGAGAGUAG